AUGUCGAUGUCCAAGAGCUCGAAGAUGCUCCAGUACAUCAACUAUCGGAUGCGCGUGACGAUCCAGGACGGCCGCCAGCUCAUCGGAAAAUUCAUGGCCUUCGACCGCCACAUGAACCUCGUCCUCGGCGACUGCGAGGAAUUCCGCAAGCUUCCUCCGGCAAAGGGCUCCAAGGAGGAGCGCGAGGACCGCCACACUCUUGGCCUCGUCCUCCUCAGAGGCGAGGAGGUGAUCUCCCUCACCGUCGAGGGCCCCCCUCCCCCAGACGACAACCGUCUCAAGACGACCGCGGCCGGCGCCAUCCCCGGGCCUGGAAUAGGCCGAGCGGCGGGCAGGGGCGUCGUCACCGGCCCGAUCUCCGCGCAGCCGGGGCUCGCCGGGCCCGUCCGCGGCGUUGGUGGGCCCGCGCCGUCCAUGAUGCAGCCCCAGCUCUCGCGGCCUCCACAGAUAGCGGUGCCGCCCAUGGCUUACCCUCAGCAACCGCCGGUUGUCAGGCCGCCUCCACCGGGAGGAUUCCCGCCAAGGCCGGGGAUGCCGCCUAUGCCUCAUCCGCAGCAGUUCAGGCCUGGAAUGCCGCCACCACCACCGGGUGGAUUUGCUCCUCCGCCCCAGUUUGGACAGAGGCCACCAAUCUUGCCGCCAGGUCAGAUGAUGAGGGGUCCGCCACCUGGCGGGCUACCUAGGCCUGGAAUGGCCCCGCCAGGUCAGCAGCAGCCACCUAGGCCAGGGAUGCCGCCACCUAUGCCCGGCGGACAAGCUCAAAUGUUUGGUCCACCUAGGCCGGGAAUGCCACCGCCGCCUAAUGCUCCUCCUCAGAAUCAACAGAAUAUCCCCAGUUUUUUAGUUCGUUGGCUGUCAAGUUUACCCGAAGAGAAGCUAUGGUGAAUGAGGAUAUUUUAUGGGAAGUGUUGAAUCAGUAAUUACUAAUUUGACUUCCUUGUGUUGCUGUGAUCAGGCUUGUUUCACUCAUUUCAGAUAUUGUGACUAUGAAUACAUGUUUUGUUUGGAACUCUUGGGUUUUGUGAUGUGUAUUUUGAAGUUUGAACCCUCAGUACAGAUGUUAUCUAUCUCAACUUUUUCUGUUAUUGAUGUUGUUUCUUCAUUUCAUUUUUGUUUUUUAAUAAAUAUAUGUACUUUCAAA